AUGAGUAGAAAGAAAAAAACAUCCGAAGUUGAUGGUGUCGAUGGAAGAAAUAUCAAGAAUGAUGCGAAACCUUUCAGCAUGGAAUGUCAAAAAUCUAUAGCGAAGCACGCUUACAACGCAUUUAGCGCAAUCAGUGCAUUUAUACCUUGGUUUGAUGCGGUGACCAGAGUUAUCGACGAAAUUCUCAGUAUUCAAGAAGAUACCGAAUACAACAGUGAAACUUGUUUAAUUCUGAUCGAACGUGUUGAUAAUGUCUCGCCAGCAGUAAGAAGUUUGAGGAGGCAAAAAGAAACAAACGAAAAAAAAUUUCAAAAUCGUGCUUUCAAUCGCACGUUCGUGAGAUUUCAUAAAGUUUUAAUCGACAUCCGAGAAUUCAUAAAAGAUGUUUCGCAGCUUAACGGAUUACGUAAAUUUACAUACGCCGGUGAAAUUAAAAAGAAAUGCAACAGACUUUUGCAAUCGUUUGAAUCAGUUUGCCAGGAUCUACAGUUUAAUAUAAUAAUUACGAUUGAAGCUCGGGAACGCGAACAAAGAAUACUAGACGAAGAUGUCAUUAAAACUCAAAAGAAACUCGAGAAAAUGAUUCAGAUGCAGGGAGGAAAAAUCGAUCUGAUCUAUGAGCAAGUAUAUCAGAUGAUAAAGAAAGCCAAUAAGGGAGAAUAUAUAAUUUCCGAUGUGCCGUUUAUUAAAGUUUGCGAUAUCGCAGAACCUGGUCGGAGAAACUCUCCGGGAAACAGAGGGAAGGUUUGUAAGAAGGUUUAUAAAACCAUACCGGUUGCAUUUAAACGCGUCAAGAUUCCAAACGACAUGGAGAGCACACGAAGGUUUAGUAAGGCACAAUUGGCCAUAUUGAAUCAGAUACAGGCAUCUCCGAGGAUCAUAAAAUUUUAUGGUCUUACCCGUGCGGAUGGAGAGGACAUUAUGGUUAUGGAAUGGGCCGAGCAUGGAAAUCUCAAAGAGCUAUACGAAAACGACCGUAGUAUGGGUUGGCAAACGAAGUUGAAAAUUGUCCACGAUAUAUGUGACGGUUUGGUGUUUCUACAAGCAUGCACAAUCUAUCACCACGAUAUACGUUGCGAAAACAUUUUGGUCGUUGAAGAUGGAGGGUAUAAAGCAAAAAUUGCGAACUUUCACCUAAGUCGUAAAACCGAUCAGGACACCAAUCCAAUAAAUAAUCUUAACGAUGUGGUUAGAUGGCUGGCGCCGGAAAAGCUUAACCCAGAUAAAGAAGUAAAGUAUUCGUUCGCUUGCGAAGUGUUUAGUUUUGGCAUGCUCAUCUGGGAAUUAUCUUUCCAAAAAGUACCCUAUGAAAAUAUGAGCUUCAAUGAUAUAUGCAUUCACGUCAGAAAGAACAAGAGAGAAGAACUUAACUUUGGGUUGAAUUCGAUGUCUUUUAUCACCAAAACUUUUUCAAAAAUCAUUAAAGCAGCUUGGAACGGGGUGCCAACAUUAAGACCAAAGAUCAGUGAUAUUUUACUCGACCUACAGGAUGUGCUUGAAAAAAAUUCACCCAAACUAUACCCCACCCAAGCUUCUGGUGAUAAUCAGUCGCAGUUAGAACUACCGCAAAGUUUUGGCAGUGGCAAUAGUGAUAAAACCGAUGACUAUGAAGAUGACCCUAAUUUGGAAAAUAUAUCAAUUCCUCUGUUAGAGGAGGGCAAAAGGGCUCACAAGCUAAAAGAUUUCAGUACUGCUUUCAAUGUCUUCAAGAUUCAUGCCGAAUUGGAUGAUCCAGUCGCGAAAUACUGGAAAGGUGUCUAUCUUCUGGAAGGUCAUGCUGGUGAAAAAAAUAUUCCCGAAGCCAUCAAACUUUUCAAAGAAGCUGCUGAUAAAAACAAUUCCGAUGCUCAGCUACGUUAUGCAUUCAUCAAACUUCAAGCUAAAUGUUUCGAAGAGUUUGUCGAAUAUUUAAUAAAAUCUGCGGACAAUAAUAAUGCGACGGCAAUGUUUAACUUGGGUGAUAUUUAUUAUCAUGGGAAGUACAACAUAAAACAAGAUAAAAAGAAAGGAAAAAAAUAUUUGGAAUUGGCCGCAUUAAAGGAUCAACCAAAAGCUCUCAAGAUGCUUGGGGAGAUAAAUGCUGUUCAUGACGCUGAUUAA